AUAUCGCGAGUAAAAGAUUAAGAAAAAUGACAAAAAAUGAUGAAAUUUUCGAAGAAAAUAUGAUUAUCGAUCGUCUUAAAAGUGAGAUCGAUCAGUUAAACAAUAAUCAAUUAAAACUUUAUAAUCAAGGACUAGAAUUAACAAACAAGUUGAAAGAAACUGAUAGACUUUUGGAUGAAUCCAUGAAUGACACGAUCAUUUUUCAAAGAUUAAAAGAGUUGGAAUAUGAAUUGAACAUGAUUAAGCGAGAAAAUAAUUUAGCAGAAACUAAGUUAUUUCAAUUAACAAGAAGAGAUUUGCAACUUAGAGAAACACCGACUCCUGCGUAUAGAGAUGCAAAAGAAGAUGAAGCUGAAAGAAAUAAAAAAUUAAAGAAAAUGUUGAGAUUUAAAAAUAAAAUCGGCAAGACUUUCGAAGAAAUGAAAUUGUAUCAGGAAUCUUUAGAAGAAGAUUUGGAAAAACAAAGGAUAGUGGUCGAGAAUAAACGUAACGAAUUACAGAAUUUAGAGAAUUUAUUUAUUAAAAGAAAGAAUAAACUCUUUAAACUCUUAGAGAAGAAGCAAAAUAGAGAAAACAAGAACAAAAGUAUAAUGAUAAACGUGGACGAGAAGAAAGAAGAAAUUCUUUAUCAAAAUAAAAAAUUAAUUACACGCGAAGAAUUGCUUAAAACUAUUAAAUUUAAUUUAAGUUCAUUAAAGGAAAACUUAUCGAAAGAAAAUAAAAAUAUUGAAGAUUUACGUGUAGAAUGCCAGUCUAUAGAAGAUACUAUUGAAAGAAACAAAGAAGAAAAGAUUUUGGCAGAAAAUAACGUGGACGCAUUACAAACAAAUAUUAUCAUAAAAAGUGCUGAAAUUAAGGAUCAAGAAGAUGAAAUGAAAAUUCUAAAAGAACAAAUUAAUAAUCAAAAUAAAGAAGUGUACGUAAUUGAGAAGAAUAUAUCUUACUUGGAACAUAAAAAAGAAGUGAAAGAUAAAUGGAACGAAAUGAAACAAUCUGUUAUGUCGAAAAAAUCCAAAGAAAUUGCAUCAUUGAAAAAAGUAUGCUUUGAGUUUCAAAACAGCAUAGAAGAUUUGAGAAAACAGAAUAUAAAUUUAGACAAAGAAAUAAAAAAAGCCAAAGUAGGAAAAGAAAACGAAACGAGCUAUUUAAAAAUUAGUCAAAAUAAAGAAGAAGCGCUUCAAAACAGUUUAAAACGAGAAAGAUUACAAAAGGAUACUUUUCAAAAACAAUUGAAGAAAUCAGAAAUAAAUACAAUCGCGUUCAAUAGAGAAUAUAUGAUACUGUUAAAUGCGUUACAAAAUGCCAAAAAUGAAGCGGAAAGUAUAUCAAAUAAACUGAAAAAUAGUAAAAAUGUCAAAGAAUUGAAAAGACAUCAUUUUAUGAAGUUACAAGAACAACAGAUUAAAGUUUCUCAAUCCCGGGAUGCAAUUAUGGCAAAUUCUCAAGACAAUCGAGUGACAAUGCAUCAUUUACAAGAUAAGAUACAGUCAGCGAUAAAGAAAAGAAACUCGUUGAAGAGUCAGCUGGCCAUUUACACGAACGAAAAAAAUAGAAGAAGAUUGUUAUACGACAAACAACGCAAUGAAAUGAGCAAAAAAACGAAAGAAUUAGAGAUGAGAACUACACAAAAAGAAGAAUUAAACAAGAAAUUUGAAUUAUUGUUACAUGACAUAAAUGAUCUUCAAAGAAAAGUCAGAGAUAAAGAUAAAGAAAUAUCUUUAGUGAAGAAGAGUCUUACCCAGGAAAGUGAAACAACGGAAAAACUGAUAACUAAAUUAUCACGCUUGGAAAACUUACUGCUAAAGUUAAAAGACCAAGAGAUUGAAGAAUGUAAAGUUUUAGAAUAUACCAAAAGAGAAAUAUAUAAAGCCAAGGAAGAUGUUACUUGGUUAAGAUUAGAACUGGAACAGGCUUCUUCUGGAGUCGAAGUUUUACAUGUAAAUAAUGAAUCCGAGAAAGAACUCAUAAGGCACUUAAAAGAUGAUUAUAUCACGAUGGAAGAGGGACGAUCAUAUUUGGAUUCAUUAGAAGAUAAUCUUAUUAAUCCCGAGAAUACAGAUCAAUGGAAGAUAAUUCGGGAAAUAAAUGAACGUAAACAUGAAUUGGAAGAAGUAAAUAAACGUCUUUUAGAAUAUACACACCAGAUACAAAUGAAAAAAAUGGCGCAAAAUUUUAAAAUGUUUGAAAAUGAAAUAAUUCAAGACGAAGUUUACCUUUUGCUAACGGGAAGAGAGAAAAACCUGGAUAUAUUUAGAAAUUUUAAUGAAACCUAUCGUUUAAUUACAAUGAAAACAAAUCAAUUAAAUGGGUUAUUGACCGAAAAGAAUAUGAUCUACACUUUAUUGCACAACGAAAUCAAAGUUAAAGCUGAAUUAUUAAAUAAAAUAGAAGUUUUAAAAAAUGAAUAUUUUAACAGUAAAAGUAAAGUAAAAUUUUGA